UGGGAUUACACUAUGUAUGUUGCUGCUAUUGUUAUUUUUUUUUAUAAAUUGUUUGCUUUUUUCAUCAUACUAUCUCAGCUGUAGUUACGACAAAUAUCAGCGGGAUAAAUUAUGCUAGAUUUAGUGGUUAUUAGUCAUGGUCCUAUUGGCUUUGCUCUUGCCACUGAGUUGGCUAAACUGGGGUUUAAUGUGGGGCUCGUUGGGCCUGAUCUUUCUUUCACAAAUAACUAUGGCGUCUGGGAGGACGAGUUCAAAGAACUUUGGCUUCAAGCCUGCAUUGAACAUUUUUGGAAGGAUACCAUUGUAUAUCUUGAUGAUGCUGAUCCUAUUCUUAUCGGUCAUGCCCAUGGAAGAGUUAGUCUCUAUUUGCUGCAUGAAGAGUUACUCAAAAAGUGUGUGGAGGUAGAUAUUUUAUAUCUUAACUUGAAAGCGGAUAGUAUUGUUGAGGCUAUAAAUAUCUAUAGUCUUGUAGAGUGCGAGGGUAACGUUGUGAUUUCCUGCAGGUUUGUAACUGUUGUGUCUGGAGCAGCCUCGGGGAAAUUUUUACAGUAUGAGUUGGGAGGUCCCAGAAUUUCUAUUCAAAUAGCUUACAGAGUGGAAGUUGAGGUCGAUAACUAUCCAUAUGACUUGAGCCUUAUGGUUUUCAUGGAUUAUAAAGACUAUGUCAGACACAGCGCUCAAUCUUUAGAAGCUAAAUAUCCAACAUUUCUCUAUGCCAUGCCCAUGACUCCAACACGAGUCUUUUUUAAAGAUUUUCUUUUUUGA